CAGAUUUGCAGGACCUGGGUUCGGAGGACAGACGCAGGUUUCCACCAGGGGGCGAGAGGACUCUGCGCUAUUUUACUACGUCCACCAGGUGGCGCUGCCUCCCGCCUCUGGUCCUCCAAGGUUGGGGAGCCGGCCUGCGGAUUCGCCUCUACUGAUUGGGAGAGCCACAGCUAAACUAUUUGCAUAACCUUGAAAGGGCCAUGCUGAGUGGUUGAGGUAUAGAAGCAGAAGCUGAAACGAGCCCUCUCAUUGGCCUAAAUUUCCCCCCUGCGUCCACAUCCCGGUCAGAUUGGGCCCGGAGGUCAGUCGGAAGCCUCCGGCUAGUGGCGAGACCGGGACCUUAGUCCGCGUAUUAGGCGCUGCAGGGAGUUGGAAAUGUGCGUCUAGAGAGGGACAGCGGCUCUUGGCACCUGCCUCCACCCACCCACCGAGGUCCUAUCCGCCCGCCUUGGCCCCCACCCGUGCUGCCCUGGGGUAGGAAAAGGAGUCUCAGCUGCAGCUUCUGACCUCCCGGGGCACCUGACUCGGGUGUAGAGCUUAGUUUUCCCCUCUGGAAAGUGGACCAGUGGCUUACAGAGGUGUGUGCCAGGGUGGACCGUGGAGGUCUGCUCAUACAGAAGCUUGUUCUUGUAGAGUCGCUCAAAAGUAGGUCCCCAAGGUUCAGAGGCCUGCGGUAUGGGUACCGAGAAUGAAAGCCCAGAACCGGACUGCCAGAAACAGUUCCAGGCCGCAGUCAGUGUCAUUCAGAACCUGCCUAAGAAUGGCUCUUACCGCCCCUCCUACGAAGAGAUGCUGAGAUUCUAUAGCUACUACAAGCAAGCUACCAUGGGGCCCUGCCUCGUCCCCCGGCCUGGGUUCUGGGACCCAAUAGGACGAUAUAAGUGGGAUGCCUGGAACAGCCUGGGCAAGAUGAGCAGGGAGGAGGCCAUGUCUGCCUACAUCACUGAGAUGAAGCUGGUGGCACAGAAGGUGAUCGACACGGUGCCCCUGGGCGAGGUGGCAGAGGACAUGUUUGCUUACUUCGAGCCCCUGUACCAGGUGAUCCCUGAUAUGCCGAGGCCCCCGGAAACCUUCCUGAGAAGGGUCACAGCAGGUUGGAAAGAGCAGGCACUGAAUGGAGAUGCCAGGGCUGCCCCAGAGCUUCCCUGCCCCCCCAGGGAACCAGCACUCCCAAAUCCAGCCCCCAUCUUGUCACCAGUGUCACCUAUCCCCUCCCCAGAGUCCCAGCCACCUAGGGACCUGGACUCCGAGGUUUUCUGUGAUUCCCUGGAGCAGCUGGAACCUGAGCUGCAGGUCUGGACAGAGCAGAAGGGAGCCCCUGGAGGAGAGCCUGACACCAGAAACAGCGCCCUGCUCCCCGCAGAGAAAGAGGGCAGCCCGCUGGGGCCCCAGGAAUUGGACACGUGGCUGGUGGGGACAGUUCGGGCGCUGCAGGAGAGCAUGCGGGAUGUCCAGGGUAGACUGCAGAACCUGGAGAGCCUGCCCAGCGUCGUCGAGCAGGCCUGAAAACGCUUCAUCGUUCAGAGAAAGCCAAGAAGACACCUCCCCCACGCAUCCUGUCCAUAAUUCCCAACUCCUGAGCAGCUUGGCUCAAAAGAUCCUACCAGGAUUUUCUUCACUUGCCAUUUUGGCUCACUGUGGUUUAAUGGUUUCUCUACACUGUCCAUGAGCAGCAGAGAUGACAUUUCAUUCAUCAUAGAUUCUCCUAACAAGUGUUUGCUAAAUGAAGAAAUGAGGGCCUUAGACUGAAGCUGUUGGAAAUGGAAAUGGAAAAUGGGGGUCACAGAGACCUUCGUUCUAGCAAGAAGUGCCCCUUAGUUGUCAUGUAACCUUGGACAAGUCACUUCAUUUCUCUGAGUCCUAGAGACUUCUUACCUCUAAAACGGAGACAAUCAUCCCUACCCUAACUCAUUGGUCUGUGGUGGGGUCAAGUGGUUCUGUGUGCAAAAACAAUGUUAUAUGUCGAACGUAAGACACUGCUAUUAAGGAAGAAAUAAUAAGAAUAGGUCACUGGGUGUGUGUCAAGAGGGAGAUGCUGUGAUUACGCUGACAUUUUAGGCCUAAACGAUUAGAGCGGCUAGUUUGGGCUACUCCAGGGCCCUGUCCUCUGGGCCGGAGCCUGGAAUCUGGAGAAUUUUCUCGAGACUGUGUCACCCUCCCUCCCCCAUGAAUCUAUCCCAGUCCUGGGCCAGAACCCCCCUGUCCCCAUUUCCAGGCAAGACCUCCUCCUUGGGGAAGACUCCGGCUCUGUUUCCUCCCAGUGCUGCCCAGCGCCCACUGAUGAGGAAGGGCCUCUGUGGAUGGUACCCCUUCUCUCUCGGGUAGCCACGGUUGAUUAUUUAAACUCAGGAUUAAUUUUGAGCUCUAUCCCUCCCCCGCAAUCGAGGUCCACCAACUGGCCCGACUGCCUUGUCAGGCCUCAGGAAAUGUUCCCGGUCGGCUCGGAAGUGAAGAGAUCAAGUCGGCCCCAGGAGGCCAUUUUUGUUUGACAGAAGCCAAGGCUGAGGCCCGGGGGCUAGGCCUUCCCGCCCCGGG